CAUCAGCCUUCGAGUCGAGCAUUCCUCUCUUCACUAGUUUCCUCGUUGCCUUUUCCUAAACUAUUUGUGCUUCUCGUUUCUAUAGGCUUUUCAUUGCUGUGGCCGAGGCUUCGCAUCCUCAGCCUAAUACACAACGAGCUUUCCUUACGGCUUCCAGAUGCUGCCCCUAGUAGUUAUGAUAUAAUGAUCGCCUGAGUGCAAGUAUGGCCCACGACACUGAAGCCGCCAAUAGCUUCGAACUCGAGGAGGGUAAACCACGGUACAAAGACGAGCCCGGAGCUAAAGCAGAAACGGAGACGCUGCGACCCUCGGCCGAAGAGACGUACAACUCAUCCUCGUCAGACGAAGAAGAUAUCGACGAGUUCGACCCACUUAACUACGAUGCCGGUACACUGAAGCGAAAGAAGUGGAGGAAAGGACGAAGGAACGUCAAGCAAGAGAAUGCGGGGAUAAAACCGCAGAAGUCAUGGGCACGUCGAUACUUGGUUCCGACCAGGUUCUGCUGGUACAUGAUCAUAUUAUUCGUCGUGACAGUGCUUCUUCUGCUCAGUGCAGGUGGAAUAUGGUCGAUAAAGUCGGCACCUGCGAAUGGAGAGUCUCCGCCGUGGUAUCCUGCGCCAAUGGGGGGUACGGACGCAGCCUGGGAGCAGUCGUAUAAGAAAGCAGCAGAGUUGGUACGAGAGAUGGAUGUGGUCGAGAAGGUGAAUAUUACAACGGGGACUGGGUGGAUGAUGGGAAUGUGCGUAGGCAAUACAGGUCCGGUAGAUCGCCUCGGAUUUCCGAGUCUAUGUCUGCAGGAUGGGCCGCUAGGAAUUAGAUGGGCGGACAACAUCACUGCCUUUCCCGCCGGGGUGACUGUCGGCGCUACAUGGAACAAAGAGCUCAUGGAACAACGUGGUGAAGCGCUGGGCCAGGAAGCGCGACUAAAGGGUGUAAAUGUGCUGCUGGGACCCUCUAUGGGACCUUUGGGUCGCACACCUUUGGGUGGAAGAAAUUGGGAGGGCUUUGGCGCCGACCCCGUGUUGCAAGGCAUCGCUGCUGCACAUACUAUCAAGGGUAUUCAGUCGCAGGGCGUCAUAGCCACGGCAAAACACUUUAUCGGCAACGAGCAGGAGCACUACCGGCAAUCAUGGGAAUGGGGCCGUCCUAACGCGAUAUCUGCACAUAUAGAUGACAGGACGUUGCACGAGCUAUAUGCGUGGCCCUUCGCAGAAAGCAUAAGAGCAGGCGUCGGCUCGGCGAUGUGCUCGUACAACCAGGUUAAUAACUCUUACGCGUGUCAGAACAGCAAGCUCAUGAACGGAGUGAUGAAGGAUGAACUUGGGUUUCAAGGAUUUAUACAGUCAGACUGGCUUGCUCAGAGAAGCGGCGUUGCAUCUGCGUUGGCUGGCUUGGACAUGUCCAUGCCAGGAGAUGGUCUGAGAUGGCAGGAUGGUGAGUCGCUCUGGGGCGGACAGCUGACGAAAGCCAUCUACAAUGGUUCUGUUCCAAUCGAGCGGUUGAACGACAUGGCGCUCCGAGUUGUGGCGGCGUGGUAUCAGAUGGGACAGGACAACAAGACUUUGUAUUCAGGAGAGGGCCCUAAUUUCUCGUCCUGGACAAAAGAACAAGUGGGACUGUACCAUCCGGGCAGCGACGACAAGGACGCCAUUGGGGUUGUAAACAAGUUCGUCAAUGUUCGAGGUGAAAACAAUGAACACGGGACUCUCGCGCGAAAGAUUGCAGCCGAAGGCAUAGUGCUUCUCAAAAAUGAGGACCACAUGCUGCCACUGCGAAGGCAAGGCGGCUUGUUCGGCGUACCUCAGGAUAGAAAGCGGCCUCGAUUCAAGGUCUCCGUGAUCGGUGAGGACGCAAUCGAGAACAAAAAUGGCAUCAAUUCGUGCCCAGAUCGUGGAUGCAACGAGGGAACUCUAGCUUCGGGAUGGGGCUCAGGUGCUGUGGAGUUCCCUUACUUGGUUACUCCGUUCGCUGCGAUAAAAGAAUACUACGACUCGAACAACGUCGAACUCAAGUCAUUCAAUGGCACCAAGAUGGACGAGGAGCUUGAAAGCAUAGCUCGCCAUUCAGAUACAUGCCUCACUUUCGCGAACGCCGACUCCGGAGAAGGCUAUUUGCUUGUGGGUGACCUAAAGGCCGACCGCAACGACCUGAAGCUUCAAAAGAACGGCGACGCACUUAUCCAAGACGUGGCGAGGGUAUGCGGCAACGGGACGGCUCCCGUGGUGGUAAUCAUCCACGCCGUGGGACCGGUGCUCGUCGAGAGUUUCGUCAACAUUCCAAACGUGAAAGCAAUCGUUCUCGCCAACCUUCCAGGGCAAGAAUCCGGCAACGCUCUUGCAGACGUUCUUUUUGGAGACGUGAACCCAAGUGGUCGACUGCCAUACACGAUGGGCAAGUCCCUGGACGACUACGGCGAUUCCGCACGCAUACUCGAUGAUGCGAAGACUUUAGUUCCGCAGCAGAAUUUUAGCGAGGGCCUUUUGAUUGAUUAUCGUCACUUCGAUUACUACGGCAUUGAGCCGCGGUAUGAAUUCGGCUUUGGACUAUCAUACACCACGUGGAAAUUGUCCUCAGGUCGAAUUGUCGACCUCAACAGCGCAGAGCGUAACAAACUGCUUCCCGCACCUCGACCUGCAGGUGUACAUCCCCCGACGCUGCCCAUUAAACUGCCAGACGUUCGCUCCGCACUGUUCCCACACAAAUUUCGUAAGCUGCGGAAGUACAUUUACCCCUACCUUGAGGACACAAAGGAUCUUUCUCCAGGGGGCCAACCGCAAUACCCACCAAACUACGCCUCCACAUCGACGCCGUCACCUGCAGGUGGAGGGCCAGGUGGCAACCCGGACCUUUAUACACCUCUUGUUGAGGUCCACGCAACUCUGACCAACACGGGUGAUCGUGCGGGCAAAUGCGUGGUGCAGCUAUACGUCUCCCUGCCAGCGAACUACACUGAUCCCGAGACCGGCGAGGUCUUCACAAACACUCCCGUCAGGGUGCUUCGCAACUUCCAAAAAUUGGAGAUCAAAACUACGAACGGACGCGCGGAUGUGAAGAUGCAGCUCAACAGGAAGGACUUGAGUUUCUGGAGCACGGUGAGGCAGAACUGGGUGCUCCCGCAGGGGCCGGACAGCAUCAAGAUCGAGUUGGGAUUUUCAAGCAGGGACCUGCCGAUUAGCAUGACUUAUUAGAUUCGCAAAGGUUUUAGGGGGUUUGGGGAGUUUGGGAUGGAAAGCUGCAAUGAGUUCUUUUU